CCAAAAUUAAUUCUGUUGUUUUUGAAGUUGCAGACUGGAAGGGGAAGUGUAAAGUGAAUAGUGCUCCACUAGCCGUGGCCCUGAUGCAGCAGGACUGCACCGAUGACAGUUAAUGAAAUUGCACUGAGCAAAAUUUGCAAAUAUUGUUUGGGCUCUCACCUCUGAGCAGCCUUAUAAGCAUAAAAAAGGUACGAUUUAUUGAAAGUGUCUGAUUGUAUUUGAACUAAAUUAAAUAAUGGCCAUCUAAUAAAAGUCUUCCACCAUAUGCAGAAUGUGUAGGUGUCAUUCAAUGUGUAGGUAUAUCACUUGUGUGUAGUUCAUACAGGGAGUCGGUGGUCUGAUUUGCCUACUGCUGCCCUCUGCUGUUUGAGAGGAUUCCCUCUGACGUCACGCUACACCCUUUAAAAUCAGCCUAUGGUGAGCGAGCACAGAGCAUUCUCUCAGCCAAUCGGUGGCCGCGGUGCAUUUAAAGGUUUUGAACAGAGGGACGUUUGAAACUGAAGUCAGACGAGCAGUGUUUGGGGGAAGUGUGUUAGCUAGCACAAUCUGAAGUAGAGUCCGCAUAUAUUUAUAGUUUGGUUUGAUCCGUAUUCAUCAGCGUUUACCUUCUUACGACACCGAACUGUCUUUUAAAAGGAGCCGUACUGCGGUAACGUUACACUAAAUAUUGAUGUAGCUAGUCGUACCUGCUAGCUAGCGGUAACGUUAAAGCUACAUGUUUGAGAGCUAACGUUACUCUGGGAUUACAUUCUUGAUUAAUUAUCUGUCAAUUGCUGCCGGUCAUUGUGCAAUACGACAUUUAGAACAUGGACUCUGCUGCCAGGCUCAAGCUGACAAAGGACAUGAAACUUCAAAGGCCUGAAGUGAAGUCGGUCAGCGAUGGGCCAAAGCGGAUUCCUGUGUCUCAGCAGUCACCGAUGACUGUAGUUACACCAGCUCCGCACCAGCGGGUUCUAGGUGUGUCGAAUGGACCUCAGCGCGUACAGCGGCCUAUGACGCACCAGAAGUCGGCAUCUCACGUCUCGGUUGCUGUCAAGUCCACGCGCCCCACUGAUCAGAAUGUGAACCCUGCUACUCAGAAUGGAAACCGUGUCCCGCAGCCCAAACGCGUUUCUCAGCAAAUCCAACCAAAGACAAUUGUGCCCAAGGUGAACCUAGAGCCGGCCAAACCACCAUCUGAACCUGCAAACCUGGAGAAGCCACAGAACAAACCUGCCAAGAAUGAUUCAAAUGCCUCUGCAUCAAACAAGCGGUGGAGCCUGGAGAAUUUCGACAUUGGCCGUCCCUUAGGAAAGGGUAAAUUUGGAAAUGUCUACUUGGCCAGAGAGCAACAAAGUAAGUUCAUCUUGGCCCUGAAGGUGCUCUUCAAGAAGCAGCUGGAGAAGGCCGGGGUGGAGCACCAGCUGAGGAGGGAAGUGGAGAUCCAGUCUCACCUCAGGCACCCCAAUAUCCUGCGCCUCUACGGUUACUUCCAUGACUCAUCGCGUGUCUAUCUCAUCCUGGAGUUUGCACCCAAGGGUGAACUGUACAGUGAGCUGCAGCGCUGUGGAUGUUUUCCGGAGGCCAGAAGUGCCACAUACAUCAUGGAGCUCGCAGAUGCACUCGACUAUUGCCACUCCAAGAAGGUGAUCCACAGGGACAUCAAACCAGAGAACCUGUUGCUGGGGGCCAACGGGGAGCUAAAGAUUGCAGACUUUGGCUGGUCUGUUCACACUCCCUCCUCCAGGAGAUCCACGCUCUGUGGCACGCUGGACUACUUGCCUCCGGAGAUGAUUGAGGGGAAAACUCAUGAUGAAAAGGUGGAUCUGUGGAGUCUGGGUGUCCUUUGCUACGAGUUCCUGGUGGGGAAACCCCCCUUUGAAACAAAAAGUCACGAGGAGACCUACCGCAAGAUAUCGAGGGUGGAGUACACCUACCCCGCACAGGCCAAUAUCGGUGCUGGAGCCAAAGACCUGGUUGCUAGGCUUCUGAAGCACAACCCAAUGCACAGACUGCCCAUCCGGGGAGUCCUGUCCCACCCCUGGGUGGUCGAGAGCGCCACCAAGAAACUCACAACCAUGACCAAGGAAGAGCUCGGCCAGUGAGCGUCUUUGGCCCCUCAGACCUGAGGUCUGUACGUGUGAGGGCGCAGUGGUGCGGACCACAGACACCAGUGGGCAGCUGAUUAUUUAGAAUCUGCUUGUACUACUAUAUUGACUAUAAAAUCCCUUCUUGUGGAUGUUUUUGUCUGCUGGCAUCUUGAGCCACUUGGUUAACUUCUUGUAUCUUAUCCUUUUCCUUGUUUCACAAAUGGCAUCCUCUUGCCUGUAAAUAUUUCCCCGUUUUUGUCUAAUUAUUAGAAUUUUAUUGAGCUUUUCUAAAAUGCUAUUACUUGAAAUAAAAGAGCGUCUGUCGUGGAAUAUGUCACUUAUGAAUUAAACUGUAUACGUCUUACAGUAAAUCAUUCCAUCACCCCUCCUUUUAUUAAGCUCCUCCAGUGGCA